AUGGAAAGUACUAACAGUUUAGUAAUCGAUACUCGUAUCAGUUCAGGAAAUGAAGACAAUUCAGCGAUUCUCGAGGAUAUUUCGAAACUAACGGCAGAAUGCCGAAACGUCAGACACCAUCUACCACAGCAUGACCAGAAGCUGUAUUCAGACGAGCUACAACGAUUGACUGAUUUGGCUGAAAAGAACUCUAAAGAAAGCAAGCCUCGGUUCUCGUUUCGACGUAACAAGGAAACAUCAAAACCAGCUAGCGACACAAUUCCUAUCUCUGAAACCCAAACUACAGCCAAUCAGCACUCAGAUACCAUUGAUCCAGCACCUGUACCAGCCACUGAUGUCGGGGGAUUUGCUUCAACAGCCGGUGGUGCUGGUCCUGCUACCGGUACAGGUCCUGGUGCUGUUUCUAGUAGUGGAUCUAGUAAUGUGACGGUACUGGAUUCAAAUAACGGACCCGAGAUCGUGACCCAUUACGACCAGUUCAUCACCAUGUCAUCAGACAACGGACCUAUUCUACAGCUCUCCAACGUCCGCAACUCCAUCAUCAUUCUCAAACGGACGUUCAAUUCAGCCAAUCUCAACAACAUCACCAGCAGUAUCAUAUUCCUACCGUCAGUUCACGGACCCAUUCACGCCUCUAACGUCACGAACUCGCUCGUCAUCGCCAACUGCCACCAGUUCCGCAUCCACCAAUCAUCCGACCUACGAAUCUACCUCAGCUGUGCCUCCAAACGGCCCAUCAUCGAGCACUGUCUCCGCCUGGGCUUUGGCCAGUACCCGUCUGACCUCGUCUCUGCGACCGACAGCCCCGUAACCGCCUGGACAGGCGUCGACGACUUCAACUGGAUCCGCAAGACCCCCAGCGUCAACUGGUACGAAAUCAGCGACACUCCCGACAACUUCCAGCCGCUCCUCGUCUUCUCGUCGCAACCACCGGGCCCACUCCACGACCAGGCCAAAGACUACCUCACUAACCAAAUCGCCAAACUCGCUCAUUAG